AUUGAAUUAGAAUAGUACGUACUUUAUGGUAAGCGCGUACUUCCGGGACAAAGUGUAAGUUUUUUUGAAUGUGGAAAAGAAAAAAUCUUAAAACAGUGAAACAUCAGCAUGGAUUUUUUUAUAAAAGCAAUACUCGUGCUACAUGUACCGGCAGUGUCUGGAGUCACCGUACGCCUUGUGGGUGGAAGUUCGGGACUAGAAGGUCGGGUUGAAGUGUACUACAGGAACACCUGGGGCACUAUCUGUGAUGAUAGCUUCGACAAAAAUGAUGCUAAAGUUAUCUGCCACAUGCUUGGUUAUGAGAGGGAAAGUGCAGUUGCAUACGGAGGCGCUAAAUAUGGAAGGGGAAGAGGUAAAAUAUGGUUAGAUGAGUUGUCUUGCAGAGGCAGUGAACUCUCUAUUAGCAGCUGUGGAAAAUACGGAUCCUGGGGAUCGCAUGACUGCAGCCACUAUGAAGAUGCGGGUGUCCGCUGUAGACAAGCGACAUGCCCGUCUUUAUCACAGAUAGCAAAUGGAGGACUUACACCUUAUUCUUGUUCAACAUCGACGUCCUCCGUUGGCACUGUGUGUACACUGACAUGUAACUCUGGCUUUAAACGUUCUUCGUUCUACAGCACGACUUGCUCACGGAAUAAAGUGUGGAGCAGAUCGACGUACUUACUUUCUUGUUCAGACAUUGACGAAUGUAGUGAUGGUACAUCAAGUUGUACCCAGAAGUGCUCAAACACGCAUGGCUCAUACAUAUGCAGUUGCAACAAUGGUUACAAGCUAUCUACUGACGGGAAAACAUGCAAUGACAUUGACGAAUGUAGUGAUGGUACAUCAAGUUGUACACAAAAGUGCUCAAACACGCAUGGCUCAUACAUAUGCAGUUGCAACAAUGGUUACAAGCUAUCUACUGACGGGAUAACAUGCAAUGACAUUGACGAAUGUAGUGAUGGUACAUCAAGUUGUACACAAAAGUGCUCAAACACGCAUGGCUCAUACAUAUGCAGUUGCAACAAUGGUUACAAGCUAUCUACUGACGGGAAAACAUGCAAUGACAUUGACGAAUGUAGUGAUGGUACGACAAGCUGUACACAAAAGUGCUCAAACACGCAUGGCUCAUACAUUUGCAGUUGUUAUAAUGGCUACAAACUAUCUGCUGAUGGGAACACAUGUAAUGACAAAAACGAAUGCAGUGAUAACACAUCCGGUUGUAUGCAACAGUGCUCGAACACAGACGGUUCUUACCAAUGUAGUUGUAAUGAUGGUUACAUACUUUCCGCAGACAGCAGAACUUGUAAUGACAUUGACGAAUGUAGUGAUAGAACAGCUGAAUGUGCACAGCAGUGCUCGAACACAGAAGGUUCCUACCUGUGUAGCUGUAAUGACGGCUAUAUACUUUCUACGGAUAGCAAAACAUGCACUGACAUAGACGAAUGUAAUGAUAAUACAGCUAGAUGUACGCAGCAGUGCUCUAACACAGAUGGUUCUUACCUUUGUAGCUGUAAUAACGGCUACAUACUUUCUACUGACAACAAGACGUGUAAUGACAUUAACGAAUGUAACGAUGGUACGUCCGGAUGCGAACAGCAUUGCUUGAACUCAGUUGGAUCUUAUGUAUGCAGUUGUAAUGACGGCUAUAAUCUUUCUCCUGAUGGAAGAUCUUGUGUUGACAUAGACGAAUGUAAUGAUAAUACAGCUGGGUGUACCCAGAAUUGCUCGAACACAGAUGGUUCUUACAAUUGCAGCUGUACUAGCGGUUAUGUACUAUCUUCUGACAGUAAAACCUGUAAUGACAUUGACGAAUGUUACGAUGGCUCAUCCGGGUGUACACAGAUAUGCAUAAACACAGAGGGUUCAUAUCAAUGCGAGUGCGACAGUGGUUACAUGAUUUCUACCGACACCAAGACCUGUAACGAUAUUGAUGAAUGUAAAGAUGGGACAUCAGGGUGUGCACAUCAAUGUUUGAACACAGAUGGCUCGUAUGUAUGUAGUUGUAAUAAUGGGUAUAUUCUAUCUUCCGAUGAUAUGACUUGCAGUGAUAUAAAUGAGUGUAGUACUGACAAUGGUGAUUGUGAACAUACGUGUAUAAAUACUAUCGGCUCUUUCAACUGCAGUUGCAAAGUUGGAUUCAGUUUGGACAUCGAUAAACAUUCAUGUCAAGAUCAAGAUGAAUGUAGUUUAAAUGAAGGAGGAUGUCAACAUACAUGUUCAAAUAACGAAGGUUCAUAUAAAUGUUCGUGCGAUAUAGGAUAUAUCCUUGGCAAUGACAGCCAUUCUUACAUUGAUGAAUGUGUUGACAAGAACGCCGGUUGUGACCAUAUGUGCAUCAACACAAUUGGUUCUUAUACCUGCAGCUGUGGACGUGGAUAUAGUUUGAACAACAAUAGCAAUUCGUGUGAAGACAUUGAUGAAUGUGUUGACAAGAACGCCGGUUGUGACCAUAUGUGCAAUAACACAAUUGGUUCUUAUACCUGUAGCUGUGGGCAUGGAUAUAGUUUGAGCAAAAAUAGCCAUUCUUGUGAAGACAUUGAUGAAUGUGUUGACAAGAACGCCGGUUGUGACCAUAUAUGCAAUAACACAAUUGGUUCUUAUACCUGCAGCUGUGAACGUGGAUAUAGUUUGAGCAACGAUAGCCAUUCUUGUGAAGAUAUAAAUGAAUGUUUAAGCAGCAAUGGAGGAUGUCAGCACAAAUGUUUAAAUGAUGUUGGUAUUUAUAAUUGUACCUGUGAUAUCGGUUAUAGUCUGAGAGACGACAGUCAUUUAUGCCAGGAUAUUGAUGAAUGCAUUGAUAAAAAUGGAGGGUGUGAACAAACCUGUUCCAAUGAAGAUGGAUCUUUUACAUGUACUUGUGGCAUAGGAUUUAUCCUGAAUAACGAUAACCGUACAUGUCAAGAUGUUGAUGAGUGUUUGUCAGACAAUGGUGGAUGUCAACAGAUCUGUUCCAACUAUGAAGGCUCUUAUAAUUGUACAUGUUAUACUGGUUUUGAAUUUGAAACCGAUAAUUAUACAUGCGCAGACAUUGACGAAUGCUUCUUUGAAAAUGGUGGCUGUCAACAUGAAUGUAUCAAUUACCAGGGAUCAUAUCUGUGCUACUGUACAAAUGGAUAUAUGUUGAGUCGCAACAGACACUCGUGCGCAGAUGUAAACGAAUGUCUCACUGAUAAUGGUGGAUGUCAACAAAACUGUACAAACCAUGUUGGUACAUACAGUUGCAGCUGUGAACUCGAAUAUACCUUGGCGGAGGACAACCAUACAUGUGAAGUGGGAGUUGACAAUAUUACGCGGAAUAUAACUGCUAAUGAGAACGCUGUACGGAAUAUAACUGUUAGCUCUGCAGGCAAACAUGAACCGAGCCAAGGAAGCGAUAGAAAUAAUUUGCCGAUUAUAGCUGGUACAAUAGGUGGUAUUGUGUGUCUAUGUGUCGUGGUUUUAGGACUCGUGAUUUUGUUCAAGAAGUGCAAGAGACGAAGAAAGAGAGAUGAUGAUAUGACGUCAAGCAGUGUUGUACGUCUCGACUUGAUGCAUCCGAAAUCAAACAACCAGGAAUGCUUUACUAAAUUAUAACAGCGGGAAGACUUACAGACACAUGCUUCCGGAAUCAAACAACCAGCAAUAUUUAACUAAACUAUAACACAAGAAAGACUUAGAGAGACAUGCUUCUGUAAUCAAAGACCCGGCAAUAUUCAACUAAACUAUAACACCGGUAAGACUUAAAGAGACAUGCUUCCGGAAUCAAACAACCAGCAAUUUUCAAUUCAGUUAUAAUACCGACAAGACUAGAGCGACAUGCUUUCGGAAUUAAACAACCAGCAAUGUAUACUAUUUUUAGAAAUAUUUACACAUGAAAGACAAGCAAGGAAGACUAACAAAAGACGGUAACGUCUAUAGUCUAUGGAUAAAACUGUCAAGAAUCUACUGGGACAUAUAAGGGAGAAAAGAAAUACUUUGCAAGUUUUGAAUUCUGUUCAAAUUUCAUUUUGUUUGCAAACACUACUUUAUCUUAUUUGUUUUUGUGUUUUCAUUUUUGUAUUAUCCUUAUAAAUUAUGUAGCAUUUACUUUUUAAAUUAAGUGCCAAUUUUAACUAACUUAGAAAACGGAAAAGAAACAUUGUGUAUUCAGAGUACCUGAUUCUUUUAUAUACCACGGGUUUAAAAUUUUAAUCAGUGAAAAUCGAAUAUCUACUUUAUCGUAAAAUAGGUCAAACAAAAAUAAUUUAUGAUUUUUUUAAUAAAGGUUAUGUGUUUGUCUGUCUGAUAAUAUCUCAUUUGUUCUAAGUGGUAGACGUAUUUUUGGCAUGCUGAUAUAACUGAAACAAAAGUUAUGCUACACUUUACAUAACGUUUAACGCACCGUCAACAUUUUAACAACAAUUUUCAUAUUACAAACUAUAGGUUAAUGAGGACGUUUUAAAGAAUAUGCUAUUAUUAACAAUUGAUAUAUACAACAAAAUCGAGUAUUGCAAUGAUAUAAUUUGAUUCGUUUCGUGACCUCUACCCAUUUUUAUAUGGUCAAAAAUAAACCUAAAUGUACUGUGUUAGUGAACGAGCAAAUAACAUUAAUGAGGGUAGAGAGGUGUUGCUAUUGAAUUGCAUUGAUACAUGUAUAUGGUCAAAUAGCAAAAAAUAAAUAUGUAAAUAUUAAAAUGUCGUUCUAUUUUGUCACGAUCUUCCUAUUUCAUAAUCGAAUUCGUCUUCUGUUAGUUCUAGAUUUUUAAACGUAUAUCUUUUCCGUUUUCAAAAUUGGUUUGAGGUCGUGAAAUGGAUGAAAUGAUAUAAUAGAUUUCCCGAUUUCGUUGAAAUGCUAAUAUGUUAUUUCAACAUGUGUCUUAUCAUGUGAGAUUGUUCAUUAUUGUAAUGUUGACAAUGUAAGAAAACGUUUCCAAAAUGUGGGGCUUUCGAAUUUGAAGUAUAUUUAAAAAUGUUAAACAAUAUGCAAUAUGUUGUACAGUUCGGAUUCAAAUAAAUUUUAUUGAGCUGCUGGAUGUAUUUUGAAAUAUGCACAUUCGUCUUCAUUGCCAAGCCAUUAGCCGAAACUUUUCUGGUGUACUGUGAGGCACAUUUGUUCUUACAAAUUCUCUCUGAAUUCGAUUAUUUCUGUUAGUGCACACUGUCUCUAUAAAUCCAUUGUAUCCUCAAAUUCAUUUUAUCCUCGUGACAAGAGUUCACUUUCAAAUACAGAAUAUUCAGAUUCUCCUGCUCCUAUCAGUCGAAAAGACUGAAAUAUUACGGCUGAGUUUUUGACAGAUUUAAGUAUAUAAUUAUUAAAACGUUGAACCAGUUCAAAUGUGUAGUAUAGGUCGGGCGUGUAUAUAAAGUAGGUCUGAAACCAAGUUCGGGGAGCGGUGGUCUAGUGGAUAAGGUGUCGGCCGCCCAAUCAAGGGGUCGUGGGUUCGAGCCCCAAUGGCGUCACGACCAUGACUUCUCAUAUGACACCAGUACUGGAUUUUCCAGGAAGCGGACUCGAGAGUGGUUCCAAUAAGCUUGAAGCUUUCAUCACAAUCGAGCUAAAACAAAUUAGUAUAAACUAAACAAAGUUCGUGGAUUUGCUUCUCGUCUGUUCGCCGUAACUGAUGCAUUUGUUUUGCUGACUUGUUUAUAUAAAUUCUCCGUAUACAUAUAUAUGAGUGAAAUCUUAUUAUUGUGUCCAACACGUUAGUGUCCAACUUAAAAUGCGCUAAACAACUAAACUAAACAUUAUGUCUCAAAUCACUCGGGUCAUGACCUCAUUUAUGGAAAACGUUUAGAAUUUUACUAAAUAUAAGUAAAAAAUUACCAUGAUCCAGAAUCUUUAUACAAAUACUCUGUUAUCCAUUAAGGUGUUAUAUUAAUUAUGCAUAUUUUACAUUGAAUGCGUUCUGAGAUUUUAGAAUUAUUACCUGCUUCUUCCAGCUCAGAUGAUAUAUCUUCAUUAUGAAAAAUUGGUUUAGUAGAUAUUAAAUUGAACUAGCAUAGCUAUUUAGCUGUUUGUCAUCAUGGUUACGUAUUUCAUUUAGCCAAAAUUGAAUGAAUGAAUCGCAUUUUGAUCUCUGAUUUAGUUCACUCACAUGUUUAAAACGUUUGUACAGUUCAGUUUUCAUAAUAAAGAUAUAGAUAAAGCCUUA